GCGCGCGAGGUGACCAGGUUGAGCUUCGCAAGCACCUGCAAACACGCGCCACGCUUUACUAGUGAUGAAGGUGUGAGCACCAAGCACACACUAGACUAGGGCACCCACCGGCAUCCAUACACGCACUCGGCCGGAGACUGAAGGUGGCAGCCAUGCCUCUCAUGGCGGCAGCGGUCCUCCCUUCCCGCGGCGCGUUAUUCGGUGCCCCGACGGCGGCAGCGCCUCCUUGCCGGGGGAACAGGAGGAGGAGAGCCUGCUUGUCCCUGGUGGUGGCCAUGGCUUCGGCGGCCCAGCAGGUGCGCGCUCCCCGGAAGCCCUUCGCCCCUCCCCGCGAGGUGCACCGGCCGGUGGCGCACUCGCUGCCGCCGCAGAAGCGUGAGAUCUUCGAGUCGCUCAACUCGUGGGCGGCGGACACCAUCCUGCCGCUCCUCAAGCCCGUGGAGAGCUCCUGGCAGCCGCAGGACUACCUGCCGGACGCGUCCUCCGAGUCGUUCGGCGACGAGGUCCGCGAGCUCCGCGCGCGCGCCCGCGAGAUCCCCGACGACUACUUGGUCUGCCUCGUCGGCGACAUGGUCACCGAGGAGGCGCUCCCGACCUACCAGACCAUGCUCAACACCCUCGAUGGCGGCGUCCGCGACGAGACCGGCGCCAGCCCCACCAGCUGGGCCGUCUGGACCAGGGCGUGGACCGCCGAGGAGAACCGCCACGGCGACCUCAUGAACAAGUACCUCUUCCUCUCCGGCAGGGUCGACAUGAGGCAGAUCGAGAAGACCAUCCAGUACCUCAUCGGCUCCGGAAUGGACCCCAAGACGGAGAUGAACCCGUACAUGGGGUUCAUCUACACGUCGUUCCAGGAGCGCGCCACCUUCAUCUCGCACGGCAACACGGCGCGCCACGCCAGGCGGUACGGCGACGCCAAGCUGGCGCAGAUCUGCGGCACCAUCGCCGCCGACGAGAAGCGGCACGAGUCGGCGUACGAGCGGAUCGUGGCGAAGCUGUUCGAGGUGGACCCGGACUACACGGCGCGGGCCUUCGCCGACAUGAUGCGCAAGAAGGUGGCCAUGCCGGCGCACCUCAUGUACGACGGCCGGGACGACGGGCUCUUCGCGCGCUUCAGCGCCGUCGCGCAGCGGCUGGGCGUGUACACGGCCAGGGACUACGCCGACAUCAUCGAGUUCCUGGUCCGCCGCUGGGGCGUCGCCGACCUCACGGGGCUCUCCGGCGAAGGGCGCCGCGCGCAGGAGUUCGUGUGCUCGCUGGGGCCCCGGUUCAGGAGGCUCGAGGAGAGGGCGCAGGCCGCCAGGGGAAAGGACGACGCCGAGUUCGCGCCCUUCAGCUGGAUCUACGACCGCCAAGUUCAGCUCUGACUCUCCCAGAUCGAUCGAUCGAUUUGCCAGGUUCGUAAGAUAGAUGGCGGUUUAAUGACCUGAUCUGGUGAUUCUUAAGAAAAUGAUGGGGGUAAGAAAGAAAUAGCACACUUGUUUUGGAUGCUAUAGCAGGGUAAAAUUCGCCUCGGCAAUGUACGGAAGGAAUAUAUGGAUGUAAACUGCAAUCAUUCGUGAAAUA